GGAUCGAAAACUCGGUGGUUGAUAAUGGGUUUGGAUUAUAUGGCGCUUGUUUUACAACUUCAGCUUCAGCUUUAGUGUUGCAGACAUCAUCUAUAACUAGAUGUGUUUCUUAUUCAGGUGUUGCUAGUUUGACCGGAGUCAAUAUGAGUUGGUAUGGUGGCAUGCAAUUUGUUGAAGCUUUGCAUACCAUUGGAGAGAUUGUUUUUUACGCAAUUCUUCAAAAAGAUCUUGACAAAGCAAAGUCUAGUUUAAGUUCAUCGAGUUCAUUUAGUUCAUCGAGUUUAUCACCAAAAAUAUCCUUAACUUUAGGUGGUGCAUUUGCUUUGACAGUUUUAUCGUUUGUAAGCACAAUGGUAAUAGUUUUUAUAUAUUGGAAGACUAAAUCGAUGCCUCAAGAAGAUCAGAAAAACUUCUAUGAUACAACUCAAUAUAAUCAGAACGGUGGUGCUGU